AUGAUCUCCGUGUGCGCAGAGUGCGGGGGUCCCAUCACGGAAGGGUUACGCCACAACUGCGUUCCGCAGUCGAGCGGCCUCCAACAGGAGGCGUGGGGCUCCCGUUCGCGCCUCACUGAUGAUCCGCUGCAGAGCUCGCAACGGGAAUGGCAGCAGACCGCCCCAACGGCUGCUAUUUUGCCGAAGCCACCGCGCGGCGGUUAUUCCGCGGGGCGGCAUUUAUACGCAGAGAGAUCGACACUUAGCCCUGGGCCCGUUGGCGACGGCAGGGACUUGCAAUCACCCGGUUUGGUGCCAGUCAGUUUUCCCCCAUUGCAGAAUAAUCCAAAGAUCAACGGCAUCCAUGAUGGUAGUGUGGCGGGCAGUGAUAAGGUUGCAGCGCCGCAGGAAGAUUUGCCCACCGUGAUGAAGUUCUCAAAAAACGAAAGCUGCCCACCUCUUUGGAAGACUGAGAGCGCAAAUCCACUGUCUGGUAGGAAUACAACAACGAUCCACUGCAUACAGUUUGAGGGCGAAGGCUGGAGCAACAUAUUGCAAUACCGCCAAGAUGAACUCUACGAGGCGCUGCAGUUGGACAUUUCCAACGCCCUGUUCUUCCCUUCGUCCUUUUCCUUCAGUAUUAUGGGGACGAGCAGCGGCUUUGUCGUGUAUUGCACCAUAACACACCCAGUAGAGGUGAGCGGCAACGCCGUCUGCCACAGCCUUACCGACUAUCACCUUCCAGUCACCCGACGACUAUACCAGACGGCGCUACUCCAGAGUAAGUUACGCUCGCCCACGCAGAAUCCCAACGGGGGCUUUCAACAGCCGGCCAUUUCACAUGCUUUGGUCGCCAAUGAAGGUACAAUGAGCGGUUCGGCGGAAAGCAGAACCAUCACGUUUGAUGGGCUCCCACAUCUUUGUUUAAGAGCGCCACAACAGUCUCUUAGCUCGAUCUCAACAAGUCAAAAGCCGAAAGACGUAUUCCUUGUUGAUUCACCGCGGCCUCAGAAGCAGACCCAGAAAGGCACUCAGAGCAACGCGGCACCAUCCAUUGCAGUGGGAAACGGAGUUUUAAAGGAACCAGCAAAAGAAAUUCGGCAAAACUCUGGGGGUUUACAGGUCCAAGCAGACAGCCAGCCAGUACAUUUGGUCCAGGUGCUCCCAAACAAAGAAAGCUAUCUUUCCAGCAUUAAUGACGGCUCAAGAAGCAUGAAAUCCGCAAGCGUAUCCGUUAUGGAUCCAACGAUAGCAGAGUUACGUAGCCUGGCGUCGCCGGCCCACAGCGUUGGAGUGAGGCCCGGUGCCGAACGUCACAUGAGCGUGCAGUCAGUCGGCGUGCAAAGCAUCCCUGACGCUGUGGUGGAGGGAGGUCGCAGCCUGGCGUCGCUGGCCCAAAGAGCGACUUUGAAGCCCAGUGACGAACGUCCCAUGAGCGUGCGGUCAGUCGGCGUGCAGAGCAUCCCUGACGCCGUGGUGGAGGGAGGUCGCAGCCUGGCGUCGCCGGCCCACAGCGUAGGCGUGAGGCCCGGUACCGAACGUCACAUGAGCGUGCAGUCAGUCGGCGUGCA